AUGUGGAUCCUGCUGCUUGUCUGGAUGCUGCUGCCAGGCUGUUGGGCAGUGACGGGACCCGGUACCGUGUGGGGAUACCUGGGGGCCCUCUCGGUGAACUGCACCUACCAGCCCCUCCAUAAGAUGUACCCGAAAUACUGGUGCUACCCAGGAAUUUUCUCAACCUGUAAGACUGACAUCGUCAUCACCUCGAAGCAGCAGCUCGUGGCGCGGCGGGGCCGAGUCUCCAUCAGGGACAAUCGCACACUGCGGGUCUUCACGGUGACCCUGGAGAGACUGGCCGAGAGUGACGCGGGCACCUACCGCUGUGGGGUGCGAACGGGCAGAUGGCAGCCUGACGAAAGUGACGAUGUGGAGGUGAUCGUGUCCCCAGCAUCAUCCUACUACUCCACCGAGGUCUCCAGUUUCACUAGCUCUGUAUCAGUCCUCACACAGACAACUCCCCAGGGGGAAACUGUGCAACCGGGACCAGGUGUCAGGCACCACGGAGGCUCCAGCCCUCCACACUUGGAUGUUGUUGAGCACAUCCUCACUCCAGGCAUCGUAGUGGUUCUUCUUCUGCUUGCAGUUGCUGCUGGUGUUUUGGUAAUGCUGUCCAGGAAGAGGAAGAAGGCCCUCUCCAGAGCCGACAUAGAGAUGGAUGGGACUCGCAGCAGGUUGCAUACACAAGCGGAUAGCUUGAACUACGCAGACAUUCACCACAGCGUGGGCACAGCUGAGAACCAGCUGUACAGCAAUGCUGAGGCUUUCCGCUGCUUGGCAAACACCACGACCGAGUACAUGGAGGUCAAGCAGAGUGAUAAGCAUUUGGAAGAGGAAGAAGAGGCUACGUAUGCCAGCAUGCAGAAUUCCCUGCCAGAGCAGCAGGAGAUCUAUGUCAAUGUGUCGUCAGCCCCAGGGCCCAGAGAAGAGCCCUACAAUGCAGGGCAGAGGGUGUGA